AUGAUUUUGGAUUUGGAUCUUGAACAAAAACCAACCUUCAUUGAGGUAUGGUGUUGCAAGCGGGUCUGGGCACAGGCCCCAGUCCCGCGUGUCCUCGCGCCACCGGGGCCUGCGCCAGCGCCCAGGGGGCUUGAUUUGGCAGGUCGCGUGGGGGUCGGACCUUGGCACUGGCCCAAGCCUGGCUUGGCUGAACCCAAGCUCUGGGCUCACCAGAUCACCGACAUCGACUACCACCACCACUUUACCUCGAUGUCUGAAUCUGUGGUGAUGGACCCGACCGACUUGGAAAUCCAAGCGAAUAAGGAGCGAACACGGGCGCUUGAAGCGAUUAAGAAAGCAAAAUCAAAUAUUGAUGAAAAUAGGACCUACAAGAACGACCGACUCACUCACAAGGAGCGUAAGCCAAAUGCGAUCAUCAAGCCAGAGGUCCGCGAUCUCAUCCGCGAGAACGUCAACGGAAAGGGCAUGAAGAUCGGCGACGCCAUGAAGAAGUUCAACGUCUCCCGACGCCAAAUCCAACGGAUCAAGGGAGAGGACCCCAACUUGAUCAGAACGCAUAAAAAGAGGCCGGGGAAAUUCACUGACGACAUGAAGACCGAGCUGCUCAUGCAACUCGACCAGAAAUUGACGACGACCCUUGCGGAGAUGGCCGCCUUCAUCAAGGACCGAUUCGAUGUGAAGGUCUCGACUCAGGCGAUUAGUAACCUCAUCCAUGAUAUGGACAUAUCAUGGAAGCAGGUUACUAAUAUACCUGCUGCGUGGAAUAAGCCCGAUCUUAUCGAGCAGCGAGCAAACUUCGUCAAUCGACGUGGCUUGGACCUCGGACGACGGGUGGUCUUUGUGGAUGAGGCUGGUUUUGACUUACAUUCCAGUCGAGCAUUUGGAUACGCUCCCUCCAGUCAGCCUGCUGUGCUUAGCCUUGUUCCCAAGGCUAAGCAAAUCACGUUGAUUGGGGCACUCUCGGUGGAGGGCUUCGACUACUACGAGCUCCUCAACGCCAAUAACACCAAGGCUAAAGGGGUAGGGGCAGAUGAAUUCUGCCUCUUCCUUGGCAGCCUUGGUGCUUGCCUCCCGAACGAAGCGAUCAUCAUCAUGGACAACGCUCCAAUCCAUCAAGGAGAUCGCUUCGAGGAGGUCAUCAAAUCACUCGACGCCUCCAAAUCAAUCAAGGUGGAAUUUUUACCACCCUACUCGCCGUUUCUCAAUCCAAUCGAAUACAGCUUCCAUUCGAUCAAAUCGUAUGUUCGAUCGAAGGAGCCACCCAACCGAAUGGCGUUAGUCGACGAGAUUAAAAAAGGGAUUCAAGAAUCAAUCACCCCGGAGAAAUCUCAACAUUUUUUUGCCCAUUGUCAGCGACUCUACCGCCCCUGCGCUGACUUUCAACAAAUUACUGGGCCGGUUUUAUCUUCUUCUUCAGCAUAG